AUGCAAGUUGGGGGAUUUUCUAAUGUAUCCACUUUACUGAGAAUGAAUGAAAAACACAAUUUCAUCAAUAUACACAACAACAGUACCAAUAAUAAUGGUAGUGUCAUGAAUAAGAACAGUAAUAAUAAUAAACAUAUCAUGGGCCCUGAAGCAAUUUUAUCGGAUAAUAAAGUAAUCGAUAGUCAAAACAGUACCGCUAUUACAACCAUGACAACAACUUCAGCGACUAUGAUGCCGCCACAUUGUCUUUCUUUGCUAUCAGAAGCAUCAAACUAUUGGAACGGGAGAAAUACAUUCAACAGAUUGAAACACCACCGUUACAUGGACAAUAUAUCCCCUCAUCGAGGUCGAGAUGACAGAAAUAAUUAUAACGGUGACGCUAGUGGAGGAGAUGAUGAUUAUGAUGACGUCCAAGAGGAAGAGGAGGAGGAGGCCGAUAAUGAAGUCGACAGAGAUGUCUCAAACAGAUCCGUAUCACCUGAAGAUAAUACAAACAAGAUGAGUGACAUUGGUCACAGUAGUCAUACAGCCAGUUCACCAAGUCCACCGAAGCUGGUUGCUCAAAUCCCUAGGAAUACUAAUCGACGGAAAAGUUCACGUUUAGACAUAGAUGGACAACAUUUUCAAGGGAAAUCUGGUCAGAAUUCACCAAAUCAUCACGAAAUUAAACGAAUAACACCUUAUCCAUCUUCUAGUAAGUUCGAACACAUGUUAUUCAUUGUCACUAGAUUUUAA